GUUUUUUUUUUUCCGCGAAAGAAGUUUGCUUUGGCCACGCCUCAAGGCAGCCGCCUCCUCCUGCCCCCUCCCCCGCCCCUCCACGCACACCUCUCGGUGCAGAUUGCACAGCGCCUUCCGUUGAGAGAGCAGCAGAUUUUGCAGGAGCCAGGCUCGCCCACCUUGUAGAAGGAGCGCCUUGUGUCCCCCAUGAACUCUCCGUUGCAAAGAGCCGGCCGCCUGAUUUGAUCACCCCCUCACCCGGACUGCAUGGUCUCCUGGGACCCCUUUGAGUUGCACGUUUCUGCACCGAGGACUGCAAAUCCCCGUUGCUCCUACGAUUUGCACUGUUCUGGAUACUGGAGGCUUGCAAGCUACGCUCGCCCGCCCCUGGGCAGAGACACUCGCCGGAACCACAGGAGUGUGCUGGUGACUGGCAGGCCAGUUCUUCGCCUCUCCAUGAGCCCGUGAGCCUCCGGGCAGGUGCCCGGCGAUGGCGCGGCCCAUGAGCGACAGGACCCCGGCCCCCCUGCUGCUGGGCGGCCCAGUUGGGGCCCCCCCUGGCGGGGGAGCGCUUCUUGGGCUGCGGAGCCUUCUGCAAGGGACCAGCAAGCCCAAAGAGCCAGCCAGCUGUCUCCUGAAGGAAAAGGAGCGCAAGGCGGCUUUGCCGGCAGCCACGGUCCCCGGGCCGGGCCUGGAGACGGCGGGCCCGGCGGAUGCCCCAGCUGGGGCGGUGGUGGGCGGCGGGUCCCCGCGGGGGCGCCCAGGGACCGCACCUGGCCCGAGUCUGUUGGCGCCGCUGCUGUGGGAGCGGACGCUGCCAUUCGGCGACGUGGAGUACGUGGACCUGGACGCCUUCCUGCUGGAGCACGGGCUCCCGCCCAGCCCGCCGCCCCCCGGUGGCCCAUCACCCGCACCCUCGCCCGUGCGCACGCCCGCACCGUCCCCUGGGCCCGGCUCCUGUGGCUCGGCUUCCCCUCGCUCCUCGCCGCGGCACGCCCCCGCCCGGACUAGAGGAAAGAAGCUAACACUGACUCUGAAGCCCUUAGGUUUUACAAGCUAUAGCCCAGACUCAUAUGUUACUUCCGGCAAGUCAGGCCUGACCUCUCGGGACACACCCAGCCCUGUGGACCCAGACACCGUGGAGGUGCUGAUGACCUUUGAACCCGACCCCGCUGAUUUAGCCCUGUCAAGCAUUCCUGGCCAUGAGACCUUUGACCCUCGGAGACAUCGCUUCUCAGAGGAGGAACUUAAGCCUCAGCCCAUCAUGAAGAAAGCUCGGAAGAUCCAGGUGCCAGAAGAGCAGAAGGACGAGAAGUAUUGGAGCCGGCGGUACAAGAAUAACGAGGCAGCCAAGCGGUCCCGAGACGCCCGGCGGCUCAAGGAGAACCAGAUAUCUGUGCGGGCGGCCUUCCUGGAGAAGGAGAACGCCCUGCUGCGGCAGGAGGUGGUGGCCGUGCGCCAGGAGCUGUCCCACUACCGCGCCGUGCUGUCCCGCUACCAGGCCCAGCACGGAGCCCUGUGAGGCCGCCCCCUACCCUCACGGCGGAUCUCUCCUCCGUCUCGCUCAGACUGGCGCCCUGACACCCUCUUCCCUCCCCGCCCUGUGGCCCACGGCCGGCCAGCUGGGUGCCCCAGGGACGUGAUGAUGCAGAUAAAUACAUUUAUAUUUUUAAGAAAAAGCGAGCCUCCCCCCUCCCUCGCGGGGGCGGGGAGGGUCUUCAGUUGUGUGCCCCCGGCACGUCGGGGACCCCGUCUUCCCACCGCCUCCGUUAACACGAUCCUGAAUAAAUCUUGAGAACCCCA